CGUGAGGAAGACCAUAUGAAAUUAAAUGUGCUGCUUGGAAUAUAUGUGUAGCAACAAGAAUUCUUUUCAUCACAGGGACUUAUCCAGGAGUUAAGCUAAGUGAAGCUGUUGAUGAUGUUCGGGGCCCGAGGGGACUGGCUGAAGGAAUGGCAGCACUACGUGAAGGGACUUGUGCUUUUCGUGGGCAUCCUCUACACUUCCUAUGUCCUGUUUUUCGCCUACCUCCGCCUCAACUCGAGUUCCUGGGAUGCUCGCCCCACACCGAUGUCAGAAUUUAUGUGGCGUGGAGAUGUCGGACUGGAGGAUGUCCACAGUCACGUGAUGAAGGGGCACCUGUCAGAUGACGUCACCAUCAUCACAGCAUACUUCAACCUGGGCAAAUUCACUAAAGGCAUAGGGUACAGCUACACUCCUCGCCUUUACACUCAGUGGAUGCAGGUAUUUGCCCGUCUCAACAACCCUCUCGUUGUUUUCACAGACAGCCAGGAUGUUUACAACCAUUUUGUGAAACUCCGACAAAACUUUUCAUCAAACCAGUCCAAAAUAAUCCUCCUUGAAAGAAGAAAACUGUGGUCAUUUUCCCUUGCCGGGGAAAUUAGAGACAUCUAUCGCCAGCAACACUACCCAAAAUAUCACCCAAAUACAGUCAAUGAGAACUAUUCCUGUGUCAUGCAUGCAAAGUUUGAGUUGGUGAACAAGGUCAUUCGAGAACAGCUCUACAAAACAAAAUAUCUCAGCUGGUUAGAUAUAGGCUUAUUUCGUGACAUUGCUGAUGAAGGCACCGAAUUCCACAUCCAAACACCACCAUUUUGGGAUGAAAACAAAGUUGCCUACAGCGAAGUCCAUGAUUUCGAUGCGACCUUGACCCCUGUAGAGGUCAUAUUGCAGAAUUUGGUGUGGGUGUCUGGUGCAAUGUUUCUCGGUAGGCCAGAGGUUCUGUAUAUGUAUACCAAAGACUACAUGAAGGCGGUCCGAAUGCUGCUUGACCGAUCGUUAAUGAACACUGACCAGCAGGUUAUCUACUCAAUGUACUUGCCAUCGUUUAAUUUCAAGCCUCAUGUGGACAUUCAAACGUACACGACCCACAGCAGCGGGGAUUGGUUCUAUCUGGGAUACCUCAUCAAGGAUCGAUCGGACAUAAAGAAACGCGAGAUGAUGCCAUUGGUUCGGUUCUUCUUGUCCUAUCUGUGAUAUAUAUUUUAUAUUUCCAUAGUAAGUUGAAGUGAACAUAGAUUUAUACAGAUUAUUUUCAUGUCAUUUUCUAUCCUGCUCCGGUUACCUGGGUUUGUACACAGCAAGGGCAGGUAACUCUUUUUGAAGUUUUUGAUCAGAUGAAGAUCAUCCAGUAAUCUCCCUUGUUAUUCCCACUGCCAUGAUGCUCCAAGAAAGCUAGUUCUUCGUUUUGUGAAUGAUUUCUUUGUUAGUGGUAUGUCUUUAUGAUCAGAAUAUUGACAAACUUCAACUGAUUAAAAUUGGUAAAAAUUCUAUAGAUAAUUACUAAAAUUUAACGAAAUUUAGUCGAAUUACUUAAAUUACGAUUGAUCAUUACUCAUUUCAUUCAAUUAUCCUGAGAUAAUUUCAUAUUUUAAAACAUGAUUUUAUUGAGAAAAACACCUUAAUUUCCAUUUAAGAAUUGUUUUCAAGGCUUGUGAAGGAUGACAAGGCUAGUGACAUUUUGUUAACUUGAUAGGUUAAAAUUCCAAUUCCAAUUUUCAAUUUCCAAUUUGUGCUGGGCCAUGCUGGGCCCUACGGCACACGAAAACGUAUAAUUCUUAUGAAUCCUCUAAGACAUCAUUGCCAUAAAUCCUGUAUUUUGGCUGCAGUCACAGAAACUAAUCGAGGUAGCACUGACGAAAAAGUGAUAGUUUGUCUCACUGCCUAGCCCUCCCUGCAACGCUAAAGCCCUAAAUGAAGCAAGUCUAGAUUUCCCCAGGUUCUGAAUCUCUCAUCUCACUUGGACUCUUUUUUUUUUCAAUUUAAAUGGGUUUAUAUGUUACUAUCAAAAUUAUAUAUACUCAGAGAUUAAGCGUUAGUCUAGAAGUGAGGAUUUUCCCACCAUUGCAAGCUGAAGACAUUGAUGUUGAUUGGCUGUCAUACUAAGUGUUUUCUUGACAACUAAGUAUGAGUAGGUCAAAGUGAAAAGGACUUCUGUCAAAAAUUCUGAAAAUUAGUUUUGUCAAAAUGCAGC